UCUUUGCAGAAGGGCACGGUGAGGCCGAGCAGAGCUAGCACUGUGUCUGCUGUGUGAGAAGUUUCGGCCUGUAUUAUUGCCCAUUCUUCCUCCAGAUAUGCUCUCCAGACUUGUGCUUGUUUCAGGUUCUGCCCUGAAGAACAGUGGCUCCUUUGGACCAUGUGUGGUUCAGGCCUCUCGUUCCCUCCACUCAUCCCCCCAGAGUCUGGCACCUGUACCCCCUCUGCCAGAAAAGGGAGGAAAAGUUCGCCAUGGAAUCUUUCCAGAGGAGCUCUUUACACUACUUUACCCAAAGACUGGGGUCACAGGGCCUUACAUGCUUGGAACUGGUCUGCUCCUGUACUUUCUCUCUAAGGAGAUCUACGUCAUCAACCACGAGACCUUUGCCGCUGCCUCAAUUGGUGCAGUUAUUAUUUAUGGAGUCAAGAAGUUUGGUCCACAAGUGGCAGCUUUUGCUGAUAAAUUGAAUGAGGAGAAAGUGGCCAAGGCCCAGGAGGUUAAGGGCGUGGGCAUGAAUAGCAUGGUUGAAGCUAUUGAGCAUGAAAAGAAGGAGCAGUGGAGAGUGGAGGGAAGACACAUGCUCUUUGAUGCCAAGAGGAACAACAUUGCCAUGCUUUUGGAGACCAACUACAGGGAGCGUCUGCACAUGGUGACCAACGAGGUAAAGAAGAGGCUAGAAUAUCAGGUGGAGUUUCAAAAUCUGCAGCGGCGCCUGGAGCAGGAGCACAUGGUCAACUGGGUGGAACAGAACGUCAUUAAGAGCAUCACGCCACAGCAGGAGAAGGAGAGUAUCGCUAAGUGCAUCUCCGAUCUGAAAGUGUUGGCUAAGGCCACUCAGGCCAAGGCCACAGUGUAAACCUCUGCUGAUGGAGCCUCUCCCAUAUUGGAGCCACCUGCUUUUCCUUUAAUAAACUGUCCUUGUAAAGAUAGUCUGACUGUCGAAGUGUACAUAAACCGAUUGAAUAAAAUAUUUGGUUAUACACAC